CAAUGGAAGGAAUCGACAUCCCCCAUUUCCAAUCCACAUCCGCUUUCCAUAUCACCAGCCACCAAAAGCUGAUCCAUUAUAUUAACAAUGGCAAUGAGUACCUGCGGAUGCAGCCGAAGCUUUGGGCGGCUUCCGCACCUCCCCACUCCCCACUCUAUCAUUUCAUGCCUCUUCUCCCCAUGGUUAACUCCUCCUUUCUCCGGAUCACGUCUGAUUGGAUCUGCCACCGAAACAUUUGAUGCGGUGAUCGCGUCGAAAUAGAGCAGUGGUCGAGUGAUCUCGAUGAAAAAUCCCAUCUUUUGCGGUCAUCGUUGAGCAAGUUUGAAUCUUUGGCGAUAUGGGUUGCUUCCCCUGCUUCGAGUCGGAGGAGGAAGCGCAGCUCAGCCAUGGGAACGAGUGCGAUCGCACGAGAGAGGAGCGGCCGAUGGUGGCGCCUCGCGUCGAGAAGUUGUCUUCUGGAGAUGAUAGAAUGAAAACCGCCAGAGAUUUGAGUACAAAAAGGGAAUCAUUGGGCGCAAUAGAGGGGUCUGAUUUUUCUAUUUCGGCACAGACUUUCACCUUUUCGGAGCUAUCGGCCGCGACCAGUAAUUUCAGAACAGAGUCUUUGCUCGGGGAAGGAGGGUUUGGACGCGUCUACAGAGGUCGUCUGGAAACUACCGGUCAGGUUGUGGCUGUAAAACAGCUUGACAGGAAUGGACUCCAAGGCAACAGGGAGUUCCUAGUGGAGGUCCUCAUGCUUAGCCUGUUGCAUCAUCCCAACCUUGUGAAUCUAAUUGGUUAUUGUGCUGAUGGAGACCAACGCCUUCUUGUCUAUGAGUAUAUGCCCUUGGGAUCAUUGGAAGAUCAUCUACAUGACUUUCCACCUGAUAAGGAACCACUUGACUGGAAUACAAGGAUGAAGAUUGCAGCUGGGGCAGCCAAGGGAUUGGAGUACCUCCAUGACAAAGCCAACCCUCCUGUUAUAUAUAGAGACUUGAAAUCCUCCAAUAUCCUAUUAGAUAAGGGCUUCCACCCAAAGCUCUCCGAUUUUGGACUUGCAAAACUUGGUCCAGUUGGUGAUAAAUCUCACGUGUCAACAAGGGUGAUGGGAACUUAUGGCUAUUGUGCUCCAGAGUAUGCCAUGACCGGACAACUAACAGUUAAGUCUGAUGUUUACAGCUUUGGAGUUGUACUAUUAGAGUUGAUUACCGGACGGAAGGCUGUUGAAAGCACCAAAUCACAUUCAGAACAAAAUCUCGUUUCAUGGGCUAGUCCUAUGUUCAAGGACCGCAGAAAACUGGCAAGUCUGGCUGAUCCAAGACUACAAGGUCGAUAUCCCAUGCGUGGUCUCUAUCAAGCUCUUGCAGUGGCAUCCAUGUGCAUCCAAGAAGAAGCUGCCUCCCGUCCCGCUAUUGCAGAUGUGGUCACUGCUCUGUCUUACUUGGCAUCCCAAGCAUAUGAUCCCGGUGCAUCUCCCACAAAUAACAAUAGACCUGGUGGUGAAAGAAGAAAUAAGAAUGCUGAUGAGGGAAGUGGAAGAAACCCAUCUAACAAUAACAGAGAGUCUGACCAUAAUUCGCAAAUGAAUUGUGAAAACACUUUGAAGGAGAAAGCUGCAACCUUGAGAAGGGACUUUGACCGGGAACGAGCUUUGGCAGAGGCCAAGAUGUGGGGGAGGAACUGGCGGGAGAAGACACAGGCUAAAGACAAUGCAGAGGGAAAUUGAUGAUGUCACGAGUGCGAUUGGACAGGGAUUCGCUCCCCAUUUGUGUAUAAAAAGAGUUGAAGUUGCGGAUCAUCAUGUCCUUCCCUGGAACACAUCUUUCGUUCCUUUAUCAUUUGCAAGAAGUGAUGGAAAAUCUCGACUUACUACUGUUUGUGGCAAGUAGGUGUUGUGAGUGGUGAGCAGGGACCUGGCAUGCUUGUUGUAAAAUGUCAAGAAGAGAACAUUUUAUGAGGUAGAAGGAAACUAUGUAUCAUCCUGUUUUGCCGUCACGAACUCUCGGUUGCAGUAAUAUGGGUUGGUAUCUAAUUCAACCUCAGAUGUGGAAUAGAUGAGGACCACUUCCAUUCUUUGUCAAUUUAUUCUUCAAUUUUACAAGGAUGUCAAUGGAAUCCUCUUAUUGUAGCCUCUUCAGAUUUUUUGCUUUGACGAGUUAUUAAUCAGCAUCUGGUGCCUGAUCUGUUUGCUACAA